GAUAAAUUAAAGAGCAAUGUCGUCUAUUGAUACAGUUCGUUGUUAACGUCGGUUUAAUGUAGACGCUUGGCCGUCGAAGUUCGAAGAGUUUUCGCUAUAUUUCCGCGGUUCCUGGAGGAUCGUUUGGAGCUUCUCAUAAUUGUGGAUCGCUGCAUUUUUUAUUAUUGUAGUGCUGUAGAGAAUAUUAAUUGUAUUCCGUGUCCGUGAACAGAAUAAUUUCAAUAUGCCUGAAAAUGGAAUACAGAUGACCGAAAUAAAUCUAGAGAAUGCAACAUUACCACUGUCGGAUACUAAAACUGCUGGCAAUAAUAGGAGCACGAAUCUCAAUUAUGGCAUCGACGAUGUCCCGCCCUGGUAUCUUUGCUUAUUUAUGGCUUUACAGCAUUAUCUAACGAUGAUAGGUGCAAUAGUCUCGAUUCCCUUCAUCCUUACUCCAGCAUUGUGCAUGGCGGAGGACGAUCCAUCGAGAAGUUACAUAAUUUCCACCAUGAUCUUCGUCACAGGACUGGUCACUUUCUUCCAAACCACCAUAGGGUGCAGGUUGCCGCUAGUUCAAGGAGGAACUAUAUCCUUUUUAGUCCCAACAUUGGCAAUACUAAGUUUACCACAAUGGAAGUGUCCAGAGCCGGAAGUUUUAAACCAAAUGUCUCCCGAGAAUCGCACAGAACUAUGGCAAAUUAGAAUGAGGGAACUUUCAGGAGCCAUCGCUGUAUCCGCUUUGUUCCAAGUAGUCAUUGGAUUCGGAGGUAUUAUUGGAUAUUUGUUGAAAUUUAUUACGCCACUGACUAUUGUGCCAACUGUCUCUCUCGUUGGAAUAUCUCUCUUUGAGAAUGCAGCUGACGCUGCGUCUCAACAUUGGGGUAUAGCAGCUGGAACAAUAUUGAUGUUAACAUUGUAUUCUCAAAUACUUGUUAACGUGCCAUUUCCGAUAUUGAUGUACCGUAAGGGUCAGGGAAUAACCAUCGUGUGGUUUGAAUUAUUUAAGCUAUUCCCGGUAUUGUUAACAAUAGUAGUCAUGUGGAUAAUUUGCACGAUUUUAACUGUGACGGAUGCUUUGCCAGUCGGUCAUCCAGCCAGAGCAGAUAGUAAAUUAAAGAUUAUCAAUGAUUCUCCAUGGUUCCGUGUCCCAUAUCCUGGUCAAUGGGGUACUCCGACCGUAAGCCUGUCUGGUGUACUUGGCAUGUUAGCUGGUGUAUUGGCCUGUACGGUGGAAUCUAUCAGUUAUUAUCCAACUACCUCCAGGAUGUGCGGCGCACCACCUCCGCCGGUUCAUGCCAUUAACCGAGGUAUCGGCAUAGAAGGGCUUGGUACGAUGUUAGCUGGACUUUGGGGUAGCGGAAACGGUACAAACACGUUUGGAGAAAAUGUGGGAACUAUUGGUGUUACGAAAGUAGGCAGUCGCAGAGUUAUUCAGUGGGCAUGUGUCUUGAUGAUCCUUCAAGGAUUGAUUAGCAAAUUUGGCGCUGUUUUUAUCAUCAUCCCCGAACCAAUAGUCGGCGGAAUAUUUUGCGUGAUGUUUGGAAUGAUCACUGCUUUUGGCCUCUCUGCGUUACAAUACAUAAAUUUAAAUUCAGCAAGGAAUUUGUACAUUCUUGGAUUCUCCAUUUUCUUUCCACUGGUAUUAUCUAAGUGGAUGAUCAAUCACUCAGGUGUAAUAGAAACCGGAAAUGACAUAGUCGACAGUGUAUUUACCGUGUUACUUAGUACGACUAUCUUGGUGGGGGGUGUAAUAGGAUGUUUAUUAGAUAAUAUUAUACCAGGUACCCCUGAGGAACGUGGGCUCAUUGCUUGGUCAAAGGAAAUGGAAUUACAUACAGAAAGGGACGAGAAAGAAGACCAAGAGUAUAUAUUCAAUACGUUUGAUUUUCCAUUUGGAAUGGACGCUUUACGAAGAUGGAAAUGGACACAAUACGUACCAUUUUUACCGACAUAUAAACCUGGAAUUUAUUCAUGUAGUCAGAAAAAACAAUGAGAUUCACUUUGAUUUUAUAUUUUCAAUGCAUUGCAUAAUUGCAUAGCAUUGCUAAUCACCAUGAGGAAACUUGGAAUGCAAUAAUGUGAAUGUUGAAUGAGAGUUACCUUACAAACGACAAACUAUUAAUUGAAUGCAAAAGAGGAUUGUAUUAAACACAAAUAUACAAGAACUUUUAUAUAAAAACUAA